AUGGGAUAAUGCAAAUGUUUAGAAGCUCCAAAAUAAUUAACAAUUGAAGGAAUACCUAUUUAAGAUUCUGUUGAUUAAGAAUAGGAUUAUCAAAUUUAAAGAAUAUUACAACCUCUAAAAUUAUACGAAACGUUACCACUACCCUCUUAUUAUUCCUCAGUAGCAGAAUCUUAUGAAGACUUUUCUCCUGAAAAAAAUAUACCUGAAGAUUCUGUAUGUACAGAUUUUGUAGUUCCAAAUAUUGAGAUUAAUUAGAUCCCAGAAACUACUUUUUGCAAAAAUUAUCCUAAAUCUGAUAAAGCUUUUAAACUUUCAGGCUUCAUCUAUAAGGGGUAAUGGAAGAAAUUUGAACCAUAUGGUUUUGGUGUUUUUGUUUAUAAUGAUGGUACAAUUUAUAUCGGCUAUAGUGUAAAUUUCAAUCCUCAUAUUUAUGGGAAAAAAUUAUAUCCAGAUGGUUCAGAAUAUGAAGGAGAAUAUUUGUAUGGCUCUCAUCAUGGUUAAGGCAUAUUGAAAAAUAAAGAGAUGAUAUUUGAGGGGAUAUGGUAAUCAAAUGUACCAGUUAAAGGAAAGGAAUAAUGGAAGGAUGGUACCAUUUUUUAAGGAGAAUACAAAGAAGGUAAAAAAUGUGGGUUUGGUAUUAUGAAGUGGAAGAAUGGCAAUUAAUAUGAGGGUAUGUUUUAGGAUGAUUAAUUUAAUGGCUAUGGAGUAUAUAUAUUUGCAGAUGGAUACAUUUAUGAAGGAGAUUGGUUGAAUUCAUUUAUGCAUGGAAGGGGCAAAUUAAUAUAUCCUAAUUCAAGUUAUUUUGAGGGUGAAUUCAUUAAUGAUAAAUAAAUUAAUGGUUUUCAAUAUUCAUUAAAUGGACUUCAAUAAACAGUAUCUUAAUUAAGUCCUGAUUCAACAAUAAAUGAAAGAAGUUACCAUAAAAUUGAUAGACCAAGUAUUAAAACAUCAUAUAUUGAAUUUAAGAGUGUAUAUGGUUGA